AUAAGAAAAUAACAUUGCUUCUUCAAUCCCACACACGACAGUUUUCAUCUAUCAAAAAGAUUAUUCAGUGAGACCCUUUUUCAGACCCUUUCGAUCACUGUGUCUCUAGAUUGACUGAAUAGAAGCAAAACAUGCUGAAUUGUUUGUUGUAUGUGAUGAAAGCAUGGAUGUGAAAGGGUGGGAAGGGGAUAAUGUCCAGAGCAUAAACGUCGAGUCUGAUAAGGGUGAAGAUAACAGCUGGAAUUUAAUCGGAAAUUCGACAGAGACAGAGGUGAUUGUUAACGGGAAUGAUGAUCGAAGUGCCGGAAGUAAGCCAUGUGUGGGGAUGGAAUUCGAGUCGGAGGAUGCAGGCAAGACUUUUUACGAUGGAUAUGCUAGGCGGUUAGGGUUUAGUACCAAUGUUGGUCAGUUUACUCGUGCUAAGCCUGACGGGCCGAUUGUAACAUGGAAUUUUGCAUGUUCAAGGGAGGUUUUAAAGAGGAAAAAUGUCGAAAGUUGUAAUGCCAUGUUUAGGAUCGAGAGAAAGGAUGGCAAGAAGUGGGUUGCCACAAAGUUUGUUGAGGAUCAUAAUCAUUCAAUGGUUGCUCCUAGUCAGGUUCAUUACCUUAGACCUCGUAGGCAUUUUGCGGGAGCCACUAAGAAUGUUCCAGAAACAUGGAUGUCUCUACUGAUGUUUGUGGUUUGGUAGAUGGAAAUCAUACUUCCUGUGAUGCCACUAGGGUCGGGAAUAUCUCAUGUGUUGAACCUAAUCACCUUGUAAGGAAUAUUGGGUCUUUAGGCUAUGUCGGACCUCCUAGCCAAAGGAGAACACUGGGGAGAGAUGCUCAAAAUCUGCUGAACUAUUUCAAGAAGAUGCAGGCUGAAAACCCAGGUUUUUAUUAUGCGAUACAGCUUGAUGAUGAUAACCGAAUGACUAAUGUUUUCUGGGCUGAUGCAAGAUCAAGGACAGCAUACAAUCACUUUGGAGAUGCAGUUAUUUUCGACACAAUGUAUCGACCUAAUCAGUAUCAGGUUCCAUUUGCUCCUUUCACAGGCAUAAAUCAUCAUGGUCAGAUGGUAUUGUUUGGUUGUGCAUUACUUCUAGAUGAAUCUGAGUUGUCCUUUACUUGGCUAUUCAGGACAUGGUUAUCUGCAAUGAAUGGUCGACCUCCUGUUUCCAUCACCACGGACCAAGAUAGAGCAAUACAAGCAGCAGUUGCACAGGUCUUUCCAGAAACUCGCCACUGCAUUUGCAAGUGGCACAUCUUGAGGGAAGGACAAGAAAGGUUGGCUCAUGUCUACCUUGCUCAUCCUUCAUUAUAUGGUGAUCUCUAUAGCUGCAUAAACUUUUCAGAGUCGAUUGAGGAUUUUAAAUCAUCAUGGAGCACUCUCCUUGAUAAGUACAACCUCCAUAAAAAUGAGUGGCUUCUGGCAGUAUAUAAUGCUCGUAAACAGUGGGCUCCAGUUUAUUUUCGUGAUACAUUUUUUGCUAGUCUUUCUUCAAAGCAAGGGGUUAACUCCUUUUUUGAUGGGUACGUAAAUCAGCAGACAACUAUACCACUUUUCUUUAAGCAAUAUCAAAGGGCUCUAGAACAUUCUCUAGAGAGGGAAAUAGAAGCUGAUUGUGAUACAAACUGCACCACGCCAGUAUUGAAGACAGCAUCACCUAUGGAACAGCUAGCAGCAAACCUCUACACGAAGAAAAUUUUCUCAAAGUUUCAGGAGGAGCUUGUUGAAACUUUUGUGUACACUGCAAACAAGAUUGAGGGUGAUGGCAUUGUCAGUAAAUACAGGGUUGCAAAAUAUGAACAUGAUCAUAAGGCGUACUAUGUAAUGCUAAAUGUUUCUGAGAUGAAAGCAAAUUGUACAUGUCUGAUGUUUGAAUACUCUGGUAUUCUUUGUAGACAUAUAUUGACAGUGUUCACUGUGACAAAUGUCCUUACCCUCCCAUCCCAUUACAUAUUAAAGCGGUGGACCAAGAGUGCCAAAUCUUGCGUUGGAUUGGAUGAGCAAAAUGCUAAUCUUCAAGGUAUUGAAACUCUAACCACCCGUUUCAAUAACCUAUGUUGGGAAGCCUUCAAAUUGGCAGAAGAAGGUGCAGUUGUCCCAGAGACAUAUAACGCAGCUAUCAAUACACUUAGAGAGGCUGGGAAAAAGAUUUCUUUUGCAAAGAAAAAUGUAGCUAAAGUCACACCACCUGGCUCUCUUACUAGCGGAAAUAGUCAUGAAGAUGGUAGCCAAAAAAACACUUAUCCGGUCUCUGACAUGGUCCCAUCGUUGUGGCCAUGGCAAGAUGCAGUGCCGCCUUGCUUUAAUCUUAAUGAUAUUGAGACUCCACUUACUGACUUGAAUCAACCUAGCAUGGUCCCUACAUCUAUUCAUCAGGAUACUGAUCACCCUGAUUGCACGGUGGUUCUCACUUAUUUUAAAUCCAUGACUUGGGUUAUAGAAAAUAAAAAGGCAAUAGAAGCUUGUAAAGUAGCUGUUAUAAACUUGAAGCUGCAUGACUAUGGCAUGAAUCCUUCAGGAGAGAGUGAAGUGCAGUUUAGGCUCACAAAGGUAACUCUGGAGCCUAUGUUGCGAUCGAUGGCUUACAUCAGUCAACAGCUCUCAACUCCAGUCAACAGAGUUGCUGUAAUAAAUUUAAAGCUCCAAGAUACAAACACAGCUUCUGGGGAAAAAGAAGUAAAAUUCCAAGUGUCGAGAGAUACUUUGGGUUCGAUGUUGAGAUCGAUGGCCCGUAUUCGCGAGCAACUUUGACAACCGUAAGCAUUUCAUCUCUCCACACUUUAUCUUUAUUGUCAAUGGGAUCAUGAUUCAAUAAAUUACCAGAAAGUAAAUAGGCAACUUCCUACUCAGAAGCUGGCGAAGAGAUGAAUUUCUAGUGGUGAAUGUUAGAAGAUUUCUUUGUAGAUGAGAAACGUUGGUAUUUUAGUGUUUAUUAUUUCAAUCACUUGAAUUUAUGGAACUUGACUAUUUUCAUA